GGGACCGCGCCCUCUCUCUCUCGCGCGCGCCACCCGCUCCCCGAGGCCUGCGCGGCUGGUUACCGUUGGAGGCGCGUCGGCUCCUUCGAGGUCGGUCGUGGCCUGUGGACUGUGGUCGGGGGAUGAAUGAGCGCGGGGAGUGAGUGUCGUGCGCAGCUGACAGUGGUGGUGUCCGCGCUUCGCUUCCUCUGCACCAUGUCACGCGAGAAGCGGACCUCCGGAUUCGAUCGUUCUUAUUCUUCCCGAAAUUCUUCUCUUCUCUUCGAAAGAAAGUUCGAUUCGAAGUUUGCAACUUUCGGAUUUCUCGUCGUUCGCGGAGGCGAUGGCGGGAUUUCGCGAUUUGCUUUUGGUGGUCGUACGCCUCGUGAAAAGUCCGUCGCCCCGAUGAAGAUCUUCGGCGUGGAAUUUCGCAAAUUUUGCGAAUUCGGAGGUGGUUUUUAUAGACCCGUGAGUAUGAAACUCUUGAAACGGGAUUUCUGACGGGGAGAAGUUUCCCUCAUGGGCGAACGACUCACAGACAGCUCCUUUCGAGGAGCUGGGAGAACAGACGUAGAGCUCGAGAAGAGGUUCGAUCGUUAGGUGCCUUUGGACUGCAGGCAGUUUACAUCUGGGGCCUGUUUCUUAAGGACAGAGCUAACCUUACACAAUGUUUCGGUACCUGGAUGCCGGAGGAGUUCGGUGGUGGCCCAUUGUGAGGUUCCAAGGAUCCAUAGACCAUCGCUCAUGUUCCACUGGAGGCACUGCACUAAUUUGUAGUUUUGUCUGAACCUGGAUUAAAACAGUAGACAAGACAUUCCGGGUAUCGACAACUUUGGCGUCUGAGCAACAUCAUCUUCCUUCUAGAUCAAGCGUGUUAGCUCAAAAGAAUUGUACGGAUUAGUCCACAUACCCACAAAAGGCACACAAGACCGAACAAGAACCGGUGAACAUGCUGGAGAGACAAACCAAAGAAACAUGCCACCGGAGAGUAUGCACUAUCGCUCACGGCGCGUGUGGCGAUGAUGAAUGGGUUACCGAGUUCAGCCGUGGGGUGCGGUUCGCAGCGUCAGGAUUGAUUAAAGAUGUAAGAGCAAGAUGUAAUUCACAAGUGGAAACCUGAGAGCCGCUGGCAGAGCAAUCUCGUUGACCGUGAUUGUCAUUCCACGUCCAUGUUCCAUCGAGUAUGCUUUGAAACAUUCAGGUGGACUGAGUGACGUGCAAUGAGCGCUUUGUCGGAAAGAGAAGAUCCGAACUUAUUCGGCAUGGCACAUCUUGUCUGAUGUUGCAUCAGCAUCAAUUUGAAACAAGUUGAGGUUGAGCAAACACCGUCAAGCUUCAGAUUCGAACUCACCCUCACGACGGCUUGUCAUGAGCUGGCCCCGCUUUUGCAAAACAGUUAACAUGGACAGCCAUGGGAUUCACGACACAUAUCUUACAAGAUUCAUGAGCGCAGCUUUCAAUUACUAUCUUGGCAUGCAACCCAGAUUCUUGGCAUGCUCUAUCCUCCUUCGUCAUUCGUCGUCAAACUGAAACUACGUCACUGGCAUCUGAGCACAGAUACACUGAGGAACUUUUUGACCUCUGUUCUUCACGAGAUCGAUUCCAGAUCAAUUCCAACAACAAAGCAGGGAACGAGUUCGUCAUGUUUCAACCGUGACACAUAGACGAGUUUUGGAGUACAGAAUUACGAUUGUUUGGAAUCAUAGGCUAAAAGAGAACAACAGGGGAAAAAUGUAAGUUCUAAUCUCAUGUCGCCAAGUUGAGAUGUAAUAGGAACCAGCUAGCUAUGCUGAGCAAUGCAUCAAAAGCGUUGGCACUGUGGGGUUCGGCAAUAGACCUUACUCAUGAGAGAAAUUAUAACCGAGAUGGACCAAAAAAAAAGAAAGAGGAAAACUGAAGUCACUUGAAAUUGUUCAUACACGAUUUUGGCAAUAAAA